AUGAGCCUGAUCGUGUGGUCUCGUCUCAAUGGCUCCGUUGCCCAGCCACCAACGACGUCGCUCGCAAUCGGUCGCCCCAUCCACUCCAAGUCGGCGAUACCAAGAGGGCGAGCAGGCAUCAGGGCUACAUCGGCUCGUAGCAAACGCGGCUCUUCUCCAUCUCACAAAGCAGCGGCAUCGGCAACAACGAGUCAGACCACCACGUCGCCAACGCCGCAAGACAACGCCGUCGAUCAGGAGGCGCAGCUACGCAAAGCGGCAGCAGCAUGGCCUUCCUGGCUACCCAAGCCAUCGGUGUAUGCUGCAGCUGAGCUAAGGGAACAGAGGGAAAAGCAGCAGGAGCAAGACCGAGUGGCAUAUCAGAACCGAAGCAGACACGCAACUCAGCAAGUAGAGGGCGUCUUCAUCUCCAAGGACUCUCCACAACAUUCUUCCCGCAAGCAGCAAAAGGACGGAGCAUCCAACUUUGGCUUUGGCCUCUUCGGCAAGCGGAGGAGCUUUUCAACGCUCGAAGCAUCUGCUACAAAGAGCGAAUCAUCGUAUCAGCACCCGCAGCAAGAAUCGCCCUCCUCGCUGCCACCGUCUCCUGAGCCCUUUCCUGCACACCCGAUUACUCAAUGGUUCCACCGCAAGAGAAGAGGGUCGUAA